GGAGGUAGCGGCGCUGGGGUUAGCCUGGACUAGGUCGGUCAGUCAGUCAUGGAGGGGGUAUUGCAAGGGGCUUUGCACUUGUCUACAUAUACUUCACCUCAUUGAUUUCUAAUCAGUUCACACGCCCUUUGUUUUUGCACCGAAUCAUGUUGAUCUGUGCUCUCAGUUUAUUGUCCAAGUAAGUAGGCGAAGAGGGGAGGGUUUCUUUCAUUUAAAAGUAAAAGCAUUAGCAAUGCCAGGGGGGAGAGGGGAUGCUUCCAUUGUUAGGAGGCGGUCAGCCAGCGUGGGACCUGUCAGCGUUGAAAGGAAUAUCCAGAGAGAUGAGGAUCAGGGUGAGGAUGGUGAUGAGGAAUUCCGGGAUGAAGGGGUUCCUUUCUACAUAAACCGAGGGGGACUCCCUGUUGAUGAGGCCACCUGGGAUAGGAUGUGGAAGCACGUUGCUAAGAUCCACCCUGAAGGAGAGAAGAUGGUGCAAAGGAUUCGAGGCAUGCCAUACCUUCCCAAGGUUCCAAUGCCAUGUGUGCCUACGUUUCAGCUGUCUACGCUUGUACCUGACCGUCUGGAAGCCAUACAGAGAUACACCAGGGAAUUGCAGUACAAUCACACUGGAACACAAUUUUUUGAGAUUAAGAAAAAUCGACCUUUAACUGGCCUGAUGGAUCUAGCACGAGAAAUGAUUCGCGAGUCUCUACCAAUCAAAUGCUUGGAAGCUGUGAUUUUAGGGAUUUACCUCACCAACAAUAUGCCUGGAGUAGAGAGGUUUCCCAUUAGCUUCAAAACUGAAUUCUCAGGGAAUUACUUCCGCCACAUAGUGCUUGGAAUCCACUAUUCUGGACGCUUUGGAACACUGGGCAUGAGUCGACGUGAGGACUUGAUGUUCAAACCCCCAGUGUGCAGAACUUUAAUUGAUCUCAUCUCAGAGUUCGAGAGUUCCUACAGAAAAUGCUGGCAUACGCUGAAGAAAGUCAAGAUUGGACAGUAUGUGUCCCAUGACCCCCACAGUGUGGAACAGAUUGAGUGGAAGCAUUCAGUCCUUGACAUAGAAAAGCUAAGUCGUGAGGAACUGCGCAAGGAGCUGGAGAGGCAUACUCGGGACAUGCGACUAAAGGUUAUGAAGGGAACAACCGCACCAUCAUCCCCCACCCGUGACAGGAAGAAGGAUUCAUCAUCACCCCAUCGCAGUCAGUCAAGCCCGCAUCGCAGGAAUGGCCACAGUGAGAGACGAUCUUCGGGAGAGAAAAAAACAACAGAGCAAAAAAACCUCAAUGAUGUGGGAUACCAGAUCCGUGUGUGAACAUUCCGCAGUGCAGUCCAAAUGUGACCAUUGCGUUGUACAGUUUGCAGAGAUCUUUAUCGAGUCCGUAGAAGGACUAUCUGUGCACUGAACUGAACUCUCAGAAUCAGAAUGAAGGAUGCCAUAGAGUAUUUGGAAGUAGUGGCCAGCAGUAUUAAACCAAUUGUGACUUUUUACAUUUUUUUCUUAUAUAUUUUCUCUAAUAUGUUUGAUAAUCUUUCAAUUGAAAUGAGUUAACAGCUCAUUAGAACACUUUAGAUUGUGCUGACAGCUGAAAGGUAACACAUUUAAUAAUACAUUAUCCCAAUCCUUUUGUGGUGGUUGAGAACCCUAUUUGGACAGUUUGAGACAUGUAGAACUUUUCAAUCAGUGUACGGUUUUCAAAAGGUUUGGGGUGUAAACAAAAUACUGAGCCAUACAGACAAGGCAAAACCUAGACUUUAUGCCGAGUCUGUACCGAUCUUGACCAGGGAUCAAAUGGGUUCACUUCAAUUGCUCGCCUCCCAGGGUUGAAGAAUCGACCAAGAUUCCUAUUCUGCUCACUGUCUGGUGAUCCUAAUGUAUUACAUUGGGUGAGGUCAGGGUUGGACUUUGUCCUUUUGCAAUCAAAAAGCUUCCCAAUAUUCAGUGCAGGAGAAUUAAUGUGAAGAUUGGCCACUGCAGCAAGGUAUCAGAGUGACCAGUGGCUAUGGAAAUCAUAUCUCAGCAAAACCUGAGCCUAAGUGCUCCCCAUACAACUCCUCACCAAAGCAUCAAAAUUAAAGUCAAAAUCCAAAUGCACCUCCAUCACCCUCCCCACUCAGAAAUUCAAAUUCCUUUGGAGUUUAGUCACAAACUGUGAGAGGCUGUUGAUAUUUUCUUUCCCAUGUUUCUACAUCACAAGGAUCUAAUUACAUUGACCUCAUUUCAUGAGAAGGAACUAACUCUUUUUAACCUGCCUAUCUUGUACUUCAGAGCUUUAUAGUGCAUUCCCCUCAGCAAAAUGUCACAGCUUGACAUAUCUCCUCUUAAGAACUAGUGAGUUGGAAGUGCAUUUUGAGUUAUGUGACCAGGUCCAAAAUACAUCAAUGAUUGUUUGUUUGUUUGUUUGUUUGUUUCGUUCCAUUUCAUAAGAGAACCCUUUUCUUACCUCACGAGAGCAGAGUAUUCUGAAGUGAUAUUCUUUUAUACAAUAAAAGGAAAAAUUAUUCAUUGACCCUCCCCCACAUCACCCUGUGCAUAAGUAAAUGGUUGCCAUUUACUUAUGAUAUGGAGGUGCUGGUGUUGGACUGGGUUGGACAAGGUCAAAAAUCACACGACACCAGGUUAUAGUCCACCUGAGAAAGGAGAACACUUUGAAAGCUAGUAUUUUCAAAUAAACCCGUUGGACUAUAGCCUGAUACCGUAUGAUUUUUGACUGAAGUAAAUGAUACCAUGCUGCAUGCUCCCUGACUCUGUUUGGUGCUGAGGUUUAUUGCUCAGUCAGGUUUGCAUCUACUGAUAAUGUUGGACAGAUAAAGAUUGUUUUGCUCCUGCCCAGUUUUCUGUGUUUCCAUGACCUGCAGGAUUUACAUUCACUAAGCAUAUUAAAAUCUAGAGUAAAGGCAACCAUGUGACCGAUGAUUGUUAUUAAAACUCAUCUGGUCUUUUAGGGAAGGAAAUCUGCCAACCUUACCUGGUCUGGCUAUAUGUGACUCCAGAUCCCCAGCAAUGUGGUU